GAACUGCACUGCCAGGGCUGAUAGACCCCAGAGCAGCACUGCCCGCGCCAUGGAGCGAGAACCGAUGCGCAUAAGGGAGGGCUACCUGGUUAAGAAGGGCAGCAUGUUUAAUACCUGGAAGCCAAUGUGGGUCGUGCUCCUAGAAGAUGGAAUUGAGUUCUACAAGCGCAAGGCUGACAACAGCCCCAAAGGGAUGGUCCCACUAAAAGGAAGCUCUAUUAGCAGCCCGUGUCAAGAUUUUGGCAAAAGAAUGUUUGUCUUCAAGAUCACUGCGGCCAAGCAGCAAGACCACUUUUUUCAAGCUGCUUACCUGGAGGAGAGAGAUGCCUGGGUGCGGGAUAUCAAGAAAGCAAUUCAUUGCAUAGAUGGAGGCCAAAGGUUUGCCAGAAAAUCCACAAGAAGGUCUAUCAGACUGCCUGAAACUAUCAACCUGAGUGCUUUGUACCUCUCAAUGAAAGAUCCUGAAAAGGGAAUAAAAGAGUUGAAGCUGGAAAAAGAUAAAAAAGUGUACAAUUAUUGCUUUACAGGCACCUCUGUGAUCGACUGGCUGGUGUCUAGCAACUCCAUCCGAAAUCGCAAGGAAGGUCUCAUGCUUGCCUCCUCCCUCCUGAGUGAAGGCUACCUGCAGCCUGCAGGGGACACGUCCAAGGCUGCAGCUGAGGGGCUGUCAGACACCCCCUUCUUAGAUCUCUGUGAUGCCUACUAUUACUUUCCAGACAGUGGCUUUUUCUGCGAGGGAAAUUCUAGCGAUGACGAUGUGGUCCUGAAAGAAGAAUUCAGAGGCAUAGUGGUCAAACAAGGAUGUUUGCUGAAACAGGGACACCGGAGGAAGAACUGGAAGGUGAGAAAGUUUGUUUUAAGAGAGGACCCUGCAUAUCUCCACUACUAUGAUCCUGCUGGAGGAGAAGAACCCCUAGGAGCCAUUCACCUGAGAGGCUGUGUGGUGACAGCAGUGGAAGAUAUGCCAGACUCCAAGAAGUGUGAUGUUGACAACAUCCUCUUUGAAAUCAUCACAGCAAAUGAAAUCCACUAUUACUUGCAAGCAGCCUCAUCUGCAGAACGUACAGAAUGGAUCAAAGCAAUUCAGGCAGUUUCUAGGACUGGAAAAUGAAGUUGAUCUGCAAGCAAGAAGACACACAACUGAAAUUUGUUACUCAAAACAAAACAAGGAUUCUAACAUUUCACUGAGAGAAAAGGAUGUCAGCCAGAAAGGUGUCCUGAGGGUUGU